GUGAAGAACACUUCACAUCAAGAGGAGCCUCAUCACUGCUAGAUAAACUCUAAAAAAAAGUCACCAUUCGCCACAAGGAUGAAUUCUGCGAUCCAGUUCAUCGUUCUUCUGGCCUGCAUCACCAUCUGCACCUCUGCAAGCAUUAAGAAAUGCCAGUGUGUGAAGACAGACAAAGCAGUGAGGCCCAAACUCAUCGCUCAUGUCAGAGAGUAUAAACCACGUCCAUACUGCAACGAACAUGAAGUAAUUGUCAUUCUGAAGGAUAAAAGCAAGCUCUGCCUUGACCCAGACUCAGAAUUCACUAAAAGAGUUCUGGAAACAUUAAACAGAUGCAGAUCUAUAUCUGAUAUCAGCAGCAAGGAAACUGCCUUGAGGGCAACUGAGUUUCGACACGGUUGUGACGUGCAGGAUGUGUCUCCUCGAGAUUCAGGAGAAAGGGUGCUGGGCCAGUGA